CCCCCCCUUCUCUCUCACUCCCACUAGCUUUUCAGCUCUCGCUCACACCAAACACAACCUGCCAAGUUUUCCCCCAUCAACUUCUGUAAUUUCCACUUUCCUUAGCCAACAGAGAAGUUAAGGAAACCCCCGGGCCAACCUCCGGCCCCUGAUGUUGUCCUCGCCGCCGGAGCCGGCUCCCGCUUCGGCGGCGGCGAACGGCACGGCUCCGGCGGCGUCGAACGGCUCCAUACCCGAUUGGCUGCCGCCCACCCCGCCGGGGACGCUGCCGGGGCUGAUAGUGGGGAUUGGGAUUGGGGGCCUGAUUGUGCUGGUUGGGGUCGGCAUUUUCGUGAUUUUCUACCGGAGGAAGAGGAGGAGGAAUGACCCUAUACAAGGGCCUAAAGAUGACCCUUCUGCUGGCCCAGCUCAGCCUUUUCAACCUAAUGUUACUCCAUCAAUUGACAAAGUUACAAAUUGGCCAAAGCCUAUGCCUCUGCCACGAAUUUUGUCGAAUCACCAAGGUCCAACUUCUUCUGAACAGUUCUCAACAACAGACAUGGGUUCAGCAAGACCUUCAAUACUAUCUCCUGGCAUGGCAUUAAGUCUUUCACAGAGCACAUUCACAUAUGAAGAGCUAAAAAUAGCAACGGAUGGUUUCUCCAAUCUCAACCUACUCAGGCAAGGUGGUUUUGGCUAUGUUCAUAAGGGAGUACUUUCGAGUGGGAAAGUAGUUGCAAUCAAGCAAUUAAAAGCUGGAAGUGGACAAGGGGAGAGAGAAUUUCAAGCAGAGGUUGACAUCAUCAGCCGCAUCCAUCACAGACACCUUGUUUCCCUUGUUGGUUACUGCAUUUCUGGUGCUCAGAGAAUUCUUGUAUAUGAGUUCGUUCCAAAUGGCACACUGGAAUUUCAUUUGCAUGGGAAGGAUCGCUCAACUAUGGCUUGGCCUAUGAGAAUGAAGAUUGCUUUCGGUUUUGCAAGAGGGUUAGCAUAUUUGCAUGAGGACUGUAACUAUGCUCUUUUAUACCUAUUUACUACCAUAAGUUUCGUGGUUCAUCUUUAUUUUAUUCACUUCUCAGGUAAUCCCGAAAUUAUUUACCGCGACAUCAAAGCUUCUAAUAUUCUUCUAGACUUCAAUUUUGAGGCAAAGGUUGCAGAUUUUGGACUUGCAAAGAUUGCUUUUGAUACAAAUACUCAUGUUUCCACUUGAGUAAUGGGAACUUUUGGCUACCUGGAUCCAGAGUAUGCCUCUAGUGGGAAGCUCACUGACAAAUCAGAUGUCUUUUCUUUUGGAGUUGUGCUUCUAGAGUUGAUAAGCAGCUGUCAUCCGAUUGACAAAACACAACCCUUUAUUGAGGAUAGCAUGGUUGAUUGGGCAAGGCCUUUGCUCACACAAGCUUUAGAAGAUGGCAAAUUUGAUGCCAUUGUUGAUCCAAAAAAUUGCACAAGGAUUAUGAUACUGAGGAAAUGACUCGGAUGAUUGCUUGUGCUGCUGCUUGCGUUCGUCAUUCUGCACGAUACCACCACAAAUGACACAUGUACAUUGCUAGUUGAAAAGCCUUUGUUUCAAUAUGAGAAUGCAUGUUUCCAUUUUUUCCUUAUAUUAUAGAUAUAAUCUAUGCUCGAUCAGUGGUUUUGCUCAAGUCAUGGGAUAUCACUUCAUUUGAGCCUGGAAAAAAAUUAGUUUCAGUAUCUCAGUUUGCUACAACUCGCUUUCCAGCAUGACCAUAGGUGCAGAAUGGUCUACUAGUGUGGAAUAAAAUUUGAACUUCAUGUAAUCAGGUUGUUCGAGCAUUAGAAGGAAAUCUCUCUCUGAGCGAUUUAAAUGAAGGAAUUGUCCCUGGACAUAGCAGAGCUUAUAGUCCUUAUGGAAGCUCAGAUUAUGACACCAGUCAAUACUGGGAGGAUUUAAAGAAAUUUAGGAUGAUGACCUUGGAAAGCCAAGAACAAGCCACAAGCGAGUUUAGUGUCCCCACUAGCGAGUAUGGCCUUCAUCCAUCCAGCUCAAGCAGUGGGUUUCAACAGACUACCCAAGAGGUGGACUUGGGGAAAAUGGCAGAGGAUGUUUGUCAUGCUAGUGAAGGCUUGUAAUAUUAAUAUUAACCGGGAGGCUAGGCCCUACUUCCACAGUUCCACGGUAUGUCUGCAAGAUCCAUGCUCCAAAGAUAAACAUCAUUCGGAAGAAAAAGUUGAUGCUGCGCUUUGGCCUGUGGCUGCAUGUUAUGAGUUAUUACUUGUAGAUUGAAAUGGAUUAGAUUUGGGAAAGGCAAAAAGUACAUCAGGUGUCGGUAUGUCUGCGUUGCUGACUUGAGUAGUAUAGUUUGAGGUAUUCUAAAGAUUGCCGUUGCUGCUAGAGAAAUGUAUAAGACUGGAAGGAUGAAACUCAAAAGUAGGAGGGAUCAUUUUCUCAUGAUCUUAUAGGAGCAGUGGGUUUCUGCAAUUUUUGGCUUGAAAGUUGGGAGCAACGGUGGUUCCGGUUCAAUUCAUUACCCUCAGAAGAGUUUCUCCAAUAAUCUUUUUCAGGUGCACACCAUUGGUAUGAUUUUAAUCAGCCUGCACUCUUCCCAUUACUUUUUGAAGAAUGAAUCUGCAAAAUUUGUUUAAUCCAAAUUGCUGUAGUUGCUCAAGUUCUUUACAUGCUGGUCCAAAUCGAUGCAGUAAUUUAUGUGGAGUUUUGUUCUUGAAACUGCUUAUGAAGUUGAUUAAGUUCGUGGAGG